GUUAGAUUAGGCAUCAGUUGCUUCGGAUUCAUCUCGCAGUCCACACAUCAACACAGACCAAAAUGUACAAGCUGGUGGUGUUGUUCUCCGUAAUGGCGCUGGCCGCGGCCAAGCCCAGCGUGGUGGCCUACAGCCCCGUGGUGCCUGCAGUCUCCUCGGUGUCGCAGUACAGCAGCAGCGUUGUCCACGGAUCCCCGGUGGUAGCGCCCGCUGUCUACAGCUCGUACGUGGCUCCCGCUGUCGUGUCUCCUGCUGUGGUACCAGUCGCCUACUCUCAAGCCCCCGCCUCGCCUGCUGUGGUCUUGGACGCCGUUCACGGUGUGCCCCUCGACACUCCUGAGGUUGUCGCCGCUAAAGUCGCCCACUUCCAAGCCAAGGCUCUCGCUGGCGUGCACCAUCUCCGCAAGCGGUCCGUCGUCGCUCCCGUCGCUGCCGUGGCCCCCGUCGCCUACAGCUCGGUUGUGUCUCCCCUGAGCUACUCCAGCGCCGUGGUUCCGCCUUACUCCGCCCACUACGUGUCUGCCUACUCCCCUUCCGUCUAUUCCCCAUACUCUUACGCUUCAAUUGUCCCUAAAGCUUACAGCGUACACCCCUACUAAAUAAGCCAACUGAAAUUUAGAAACAUUUUCAUCGAAAUAUUGUAGUUUUUUUUUCACUGCCGAAUAAACGAAUUUUUUGAACAUA